UCUGUGGGGUAGGUUUGUUUUGAACAGAAAUCAAAGACCAAAUUCUCUGAGAGAAAGAAAUACCAUCUGCAAGUGCCAUGCUGUGUCUGCUGCUUCCCUUGGCAGCUGCUCUCUUCCCAGGCAGUGACUGUGAAGUUGGGUUUGGAGAGCCUGUCUCCUACCAUCUUAUCCAGACCUCAUCCUUUCACAAUCAUUCCUGGGUACAUCUGUGCUCAGGCUGGUUGGGUGAGCUGCAGACUCACCGCUGGAACAGCAGCUCUGGUACCUUCACUUUCCUGUAUCCCUGGUCCCGGGGCAACUUCAGUGACAAGGAGUGGAUGGAUCUGGAAAAGUUUUUCUGGAUAAACUUCAUUGGAUUUCAGGAAUUUUACACUCAUCACUUGAUGUCUGAAGAUCCAGCUGAUAUACAGAUGGCAACAGGCUGUGAACUGCACUCUGGGAAGGGCUUCGUAGGCUUUGUGCAGGCUGCUAUACAAGGAUAUGAUUUCCUGAGCUUCCAGAAUGAAACAUGGUUACCAUCUCCAAAGGGUGGAAUAAAGGCCCAGAAAGCCUGCACACUACUCAAUCUGAGCCAAGACUACACACACAGGGUACAAUGGCUCCUCAGUGACAAUUGCCCACGUUUCACCUUGGGUCUUCUUGAUGCAGGGAAAGCUUAUCUCCAGCGACAAGUGAAGCCUGAGGCCUGGCUGUCCAGGGGCCCCACUCCUGGACCUGACCGUCUGCUGCUGGUGUGCCAUGUCUCUGGAUUCUACCCAAAGCAUGUGUGGGUGAUGUGGAUGCGGGGUGAGCAGGAGCAGCAGGGCACUCAGAGAGGUGACUUCCUGCCCAACGCUGAUGGGACGUGGUAUCUCAGAGUAACCCUGGAUGUGGCAGCUGGGGAGGCAGCUGGCCUGGCCUGCAGAGUGAAGCACAGCAGCCUAGGAGGGCAGGACCUCAUCCUCUACUGGGGUGGUAAGAGCUGGGACCCAGGCUGGAAAUGGGGAGAGGUGGUUCUGUGCCAGGGUAUGAGGGUCAGCUGA